UGGAAGUCAUCUUGCAGUGCAGUGUUGAAAGUGUCAACCAAAAAAACAGGACUGAUCAACUCACAUGUGCACUUGYCAAGCUUUUCUACCCUCUGUACCCCUAAUUUAACGGAAAUGAGGCGUUUUUUACAGCUAUUAUUCAUUUUACUGCUUUUUACGGCAAUAAAUGGACAGAAAAAUAUGAAGAAGAAGAAGAAAGCUGCCGAGGAAAAUGAGGAUGUUUUCAGCGAAGAACCCGUAUCAACUAAACAUUGGAUUGACCCAGAUAAUAUGGCAUACGACAGUCCAAUUCGCCCAAAACCUACUUCUUCGGUAACGAAUCAUGAGGACAACUUAGUCUCAGCGUUUCAAAAUAUUCAAGACCAACUAAGUAAGUGUAAACAGGAACUUCAAUCCUAUCCAGGUCAAAGUCCACCUAAACAGACACCUAUUUGCAGCUCUCCACAUUUGAAACAGAUUGUCCAAGCUCUGUUAAAGUCAACCUCUGAUACAAAUCCUUACACAGAAAUCAAAUUGACUCCUGAGAACAGGGAUGUUCUGAGGAACUUUCUAGAUGACCAGGCAAACAUCCAUGACACUGUUGAUAUUGUAAAGAACAGCAUUGCAGAGAAGACUUUCAAAGAAACAUUCCAGGAGAACUAUUGGAUUUACAUUAAGGAAAAGUUUGACAUUGUCAACUUGUUUGYCAUUGUGUUUUUGCUGUUUGUUGCGAGUAGCGUUGUGUUGUUUGAGAUGAGAACACGUUUAACUAUCCGUCAACAGUUUUGCUUCCUAUUGAUAAUUACAUUUUUGGUGAGUAUUCCUUGGGAAUGGUUUCGACUWUACAAGAAAGAGUUUGCAAAGAAACAGAGUGUAAUGAUGAARAAUAUUGCAAAAYACUGUCACACUGACCAUGAACUGUCCUUUACCCAAUCACUCAGUCUUUGGGGSAAGAGUUUAUUCUCUGUAGAGGAUAGCACUUGUAACAAGUAUCAAGAAGCAUUGUUGAUUGAUCCAGCAUUGGAAGUUCCUCCAUUCAUGAUCCAGCCCAUCACAAGAUUUAUUGUUGAACCAUUUGAACUAUUUGCUGACGCAACAGGGAAGAGUUUCCGAGCAUUGUUCCAGCAUCUCCCUAUCCAAUGGCAACCAUUAAUGUUCCUUGCAUGCAUGGUGAUCAUCAUCUUAUGUUUGAUACUCUUCAGUGGAAUACGAAUCAGCACACCUUUUCUUCAAAUUGGUCUUGGAGUAGAUCCAGCCAUCACUAAUGCAAGCCUCCARAGACUAGAGCAGCAAGUACGAGAACUAAAUGCUGCAGCAAUACAGAAUGGYAAUCCACCAGCAAUACAGAAUGUUGCAGAUGGUAAUAACAGAGAYCAGCURAAUGCAGUUCUCAACCAUUUGCAAGCAAUUAAUGAGAGAUCUCAAGGACAUGAUAAUGAUCUCCAGGAAAUUAAGGACUCUCUUGAUCGGUUGAGACCAGUCGCAGAACAAGCUCGUCAAGCAGAAGCCAUAGAACAUCCUGAACCUUGGGAACUAGUGGGUAACCGUGACAACAAUCCUGAUGUAAGGGUAUCACAGUUUCGUAGACCUGUACAAGCAUCAGAGCAUCAUCCAACAGAGAGUAACUCACCAAUAUGAUUUCCUGGUCAUUUUUUGGAAAGUUACAGCCAAAGUACCUGAAGCAUGACCACCAAGUGAUCAUUACAAUAUUAUUGAUUUGAUUCUUGAAUUCAAAUAUUCAUUAUUCAAAUGAAG